UAAUUUAUUAAUCUAUUUAUUUCACUUAAUUCUUUCAAUUAAUUUACAAUUAUAUUUUCAAACGGUCGAACUUCUUUUCAAACUUUUGACCUCGAGAUAUUUAUAAUAUCACGUGUCAUUGAGCGUCGGCAUCGAACGCGCCGCGCAUAAGAUCCUUUAGCAAACAAUAUUACAUAACCUCACUUUUAAGUAUCUCUAACGCGUCAACUCACGCAGCAACGACACUAUGACGGCGGCAACCUCAAACUGGCACGUUUCCUCUGUCAAAAGUUUGAGGACGUUUCACGCGAACGCCUUCGAAGGACCGAACAGACACGUAGCCCGAACGACACUUUGGAUUCGGCUCCUCGUGAGCGCGCGAUGCCAUUAACAGAACUGCGCGUGGGUACGGAAGCAUAUAUCGUUCAAACGACGAACCAUAAUUUCUUGCUGGUUAACAGUGCCAACUUGCGGCGUCUCCUUGAAACAGAGAGUCUUCUUCGAUUUGACGCCAUCUAUGAAAGCGUUAAAAUUGUCGAAGUAUCUUUACCGAGCGUUCCUACUUAAUUUCGUUCUUAUUGAUUUUAUCGACGUAAGAAGCGACAGACCGGCCUUGAUAUCGGACGAAGAUAUAAUAGUGAUUUAUGUUAGCGUUAAAAAAAGAAAAAAAAGAAGAAAAGUUUAUAACAGUUCUACCGCAAGAAAAACUUGUAAUAAAUUGUGAAAAAAUACCUGAUAUAUUUGUUAUAUGAUCAAUCAGAUCAUCAAAAGACUUUAAUAAUGACAUCUGACAAAUCUAAAAAUAGAAAACAGUACCCUCAAGUAUUAGGUACGAUUUUUUCUCGGAGAACUAGACAGCUUGUUUUAUCUACUGGAAUACCUUUUUUGGAUUACAAAAUAGGUGACGGUCUACCUGUUGGAUCAAUAUUUUUAAUUGAGCAAGAUACUUAUGGAACUUAUGCUAAUAUGAUACAGAAGUAUUUUAUAGCUGAAGGAAUAGUUAUCGGUAAUAAUUUAUUAAUAGCUUCUCUAGAUAGAAAACCUUCUGUUUUGCUUUCGGAAAUACCAAAUCCAACAAACUCUACAAAUGAAUAUAAAUUACAACCGUCGGAUGAAAAAUUGAAAGUUGCAUGGAGAUAUAAGAGAUCAACUUUAUCUGAUUUAUAUGGAACAUUUGGGCAUGAGUAUGAUCUUAGAAUAUCAAUGAGUAAGCAAGUUAUUGAUAAGGCAAAAAUAACACAAUGGCAUGGAUCUACAGAAAAGAAUAUAAAAAAUUAUAUUUUUGAAAAUCCUGCUUAUGAAGAUCUAUUAGAAACUAUUGCUAAAACUUUAAAGAAUGAAAUGCUUAUCCAUUCCGAUGAGCUACAUAAAACCAAUAUGUUGAGGAUUUGUAUCAGUUCUUUGGGUUCUCGAAUGUGGUUUUCUGAUUCUGAAGAGAGUACACGUGCAGACAUAUUUAAAUUUCUAUAUUGCUUGAGAGCUCUAUUAAAAAGUUCUUAUGCCACUGCAAUUAUAAGUAUUCCAAUUCAGAACUUUGACAAUAGUGUUAAUUUCGUGGAAAGACUUGAGCACUUAUCGGAUAUUACUAUCAAAUUAGAAUCUUUUAGUGGUUCUGCGAAAGAAAUAAAUCCUCUUUUCAAAGAUUAUCAUGGUCUAUUACAUAUAAAAAAAAUACCGAUCUUAAAAACAUUGCCUCCUGAUGAACCUGAAACAACAGAUCUUGGCUUUAAAUUACUAAGUAAAAAAUUUGUAAUAGAGGAACUUAAUCUACCACCCAUAUCAGAUAAUACCAUUGAACGUGAACAAGACGAAACAUCAGCUACUGGUAUUUGCUCAGCCGGUGGAAGGAAAAAUCUUUUAGAUUUUUGAUAUUUUCUUAUUGUAUAUUUUCAAAUUUAAUUUUUUAUAUUUAUAAAGAUCCGGUAAAAGUAUAAACUAUAAUCAAAAGAUUAUAAUCGAAUUCACACAAAUA